CAGGCGUAAAAUCGUUUUCGCUCACUUGCUUGCAUUAGAACGCAGCGUUUGACGAUAGUAUCCUCGAAACGCUCCGUUUUAAUAUCAUCUUUUGGGGUCCGUGAAAUGGCAAAAACUUUUUGACUCGGGCGAUCUCUUGAGGGCCAGAGCUUCGGAUUGUGAGUUUGAGAGUCCAAGUCGCAUGAUCCGAUUGCUUUGGCAUCGAACUCUGCCGAAUCGUAUAAAUUUCGCAAGGCAUUGUGGAAAAUCCAACACUCGGAUAUGCUUGCCUCGACGUUAUUUCUCUGCCCAAGGGGGCCAGUUGAGCCGACAAUGCACGAGUUCUGUGGAGCCGCCGUGCUCAGAGUUCAACCUUCACGCGUACACUGCUAUGCUUCAAGAUUGUAUCCAAAGCGGUGACCCAAUUCCAGGGAAGGUUCUCCACUGUGAGGUUCUGAAAAGAGGUGGCUGUUUGGACUUAUUCGGUUACAACGUUCUACUCAACAUGUAUGUGAAAUUUGAGUUGUUCUAUGACGCUGUUAAUCUUUUCGAAGAAAUGCCUGAGAGAAAUACGAUCUCGUUUGUGACGUUAAUUCAGGGAUACGCGCUGUCGUUGCGAUUCCUUGAGGGGGUGGAGUUGUUUGUUAGGUUACAACGAGAGGGUCACGAGCUUAAUCCUUUCGUUUUUUCUGCGAUUUUGAAGUUGCUCGUGAGUAUGGGAUGGGGUGAGCUAGGAUGGACCGUUCAUGCUAGUAUUUUUAAGCUUGGUUAUGACUCUAAUGAAUUUGUUGGGACUGCUCUUAUCGAUGCCUACUCUGUUUGUGGGAACGUUGCUAAUUCUAGAACUGUUUUUGAUGGAAUUGCUUGUAAGGAUAUGGUUUCGUGGAGUGGGAUGGUCGCUUGUUAUUCUGAGAAUGAUUGUUUUGAAGAGGCAGUAGAAGCUUUUUCUCAAAUGAGAAUAAUUGGGUUUAAGCCAAACAAUUUUACUUUUGCUGGAGUGCUCAAGGCCUGUCUUGGACUUGAGACCUUUAACGCGGGGAAGAGUGUUCAUGGGCUUGCGUUGAAAACUCGCUAUGAACCGGAUCUUUAUGUAGGCAUUGCAUUACUUGAACUGUACACCAAGUCCGGGGCAAUUGAUGAUGCUGGGCGAGCAUUUGAGGAGAUCCCAAAAAAAGAUGUAAUCCCUUGGAGUUUCAUGAUUGCACGUUUUGCUCAAAGUGGUCGGAGCACCGAAGCUUUGGAUCUGUUUUCUCAAAUGAGACAAGCUUUUGUUGUCCCAAAUCAAUUUACAUUUGCUAGUGUGCUGCAAGCUUGUGCAACCAUGGAAGGUUUAGAUUUGGGGAAGCAAAUCCAUUCACAUGUGCUCAAAGUUGGUCUCUUCUCAGACGUGUUUGUAUCCAAUGCCCUUAUGGAUGUAUAUGCUAAAUGUGGAAGGAUGGAUAACUCGAUGGAUCUAUUUUCAGAAUCACCAAAUAGAAACUCUGUGACUUGGAACACUAUGAUUGUUGGCUACGUGCAGUCAGGUGAUGGGGAGAAGGCACUGAAGUUAUUUCUAAAUAUGCUUGAAUACCAAGUGCUGGCAACGGAAGUGACAUACUCUUGUGUACUUCGUGCUUGUGCUAGUCUACCAGCCUUGGAUACAGGAAUUCAAAUUCAUUCCUUGACAGUCAAAACUGUUUAUGACAUGAAUAUAGUCGUUGGUAAUGCUUUGAUAGAUAUGUAUGCCAAGUGUGGCAGCAUUAAAGAUGCCCGCUUAGUAUUUGACGGUUUGAAUGAACGAGAUGAAGUUUCAUGGAAUGCUAUGAUCUCGGGGUAUUCUACGCAUGGCUUGGGGAGGGAGGCUCUAAAAGUUUUUGAAUUGAUGCAGAAAACUAAGUGUAAACCAAACCAAUUAACUUUUGUUGGUGUUCUAUCAGCAUGUAGCAAUGCAGGGCUGUUAGAUCAAGGACAAGCUUAUUUUAGUUCUAUGGUAAAUGAUUAUAGCAUUGAACCGUGUAUUGAGCACUAUACUUGUAUGGUCUGGCUUCUAGGCAGAUCAGGUCAUCUUGAUAAGUCUAUCAAGUUGAUUGAGCAAAUCCCAUUUGAGCCUAGUGUCAUGGUCUGGCGUGCUUUGCUUGGAGCUUGCGUUAUCCAUAACAAUGUUGAGCUUGGAAGAAUUUCUGCACAGCGCGUGCUUGAGAUGGAACCAGAAGAUGAGGCAACCCACGUGUUAUUGUCAAAUAUGUAUGCUGCUGCAAAGAGGUGGGAAAACAUGGCUUUUGUUAGGAAAAAAAUGAAAAUGAAAGGAAUAAGGAAGGAACCGGGCCUAAGUUGGAUUGAGAACCUCAGAAUAAUUCAUUAUUUCACUGUCGGAGAUACUUCACAUCCUGACAUGAAACUGAUUAAUGGGAUGCUGGAAUCAUUGAAUGUGAAAAUCAGGAAGGCAGGAUAUGUUCCUAAUCAUAAUGCAGUUUUGCUUGAUGUGGAUGAUGAUGAAAAGGAGCGUCUCUUGUGGUUACACAGUGAGAGACUAGCCCUUUCUUAUGGACUAAUUAAAAUGCCAUCUGGAAGGCCAAUUCGCAUCAUUAAAAAUCUCAGAAUUUGUGUGGAUUGUCAUGCUGCAAUGAAGUUAAUAUCCAAGGUUGUGCAACGAGAUAUUAUUGUAAGAGAUAUGAAUCGGUUUCAUCACUUUCAGGAUGGAAUUUGCUCUUGUGGUGAUUACUGGUGACUCUUGAUCUUGAGCAAGAUAUACCUUUUUCUUGAAGGGCCGGGGUUUCUAUCUCUGCUUGGAAGUUCAUGAUCAGAGGUUCAGUGAUAAGAAGUUGGCAGGAACUUGCUAUCUUAUAGCUGUGAUGUCCUACUUGAUCAAUGGGUCAUAACUCCAUCUAAUUAGAUGCACUAAGCAAGUUGGUGAAGGUUGCUGAUGACAAUGGCCGUGGAACUUGUUCUAUGCUUUGAGUGGAGAAGUCAUAGCUGUGAGAAAUAGAGCUUGAUACUUUGCUAGCAGUCUAUUGAUUUUGCAUGGUAAGAUCAGCUGCCGAACCACAGAGAAUAUAAUUCUCAAAGGUAGCUUUUAGUAAAAAAUAUAACUGGUCAUCUAUUGCUCGUUUGAUCUGGUUUGUUUGACUACUGGAUGGGAUGAUCACAGAAGUCUGAAGAUAUUCUUUUGUGGAAAUUGUUUGCAUCAGUUCCUAUACCAGCAGGUUUGGAUUGGAGUUUGGUUGAGCUUCGAUCAGUUGAAUGUGAAGUAACGUGGACGAGCUAUACUCCUCAUUUUUGCACUGUGCUGCAUUUGGAUGUCACGUGGGAAUUUAACUUCAUUUUUUCUUUGUGAGAAUUGAAUCAGAAUAAAAUCAUCGUGUAAAAUCACCUAAUGGCCUGAGAUGAAACAAAAGCUAUUUUGUGGCUGUUUACAAACUGA